AUGCUCAUCAAGGCUUCGCUCCUCCUUUUCCUUCUCGCUUCUACUCCUGCUUCCUCCAAUCCUGUGGGAACUUUGGAAAUUGAGAUGACAUUUUCAAAUGAAGGGGCGAAAUUGCCCAAUGGUGAGAAUUGCGACACUUUUCCUUGGAACUUCAAGUGCGACGUCUUCUUCAUUAUUUGCAUAACUGAGGAAAGCAGCACAAGGAGAUGCAAUCUCCACUAUGAAAAGACGCACCCUGUGAGGAAUACCGGCGUCCUUUCAAAAUCAGUCGUUGUCAACUACACGUCGGACCAGACGAUUAAAAUGACAGUCACUAUAAUGGACCACGAUCUCCUAUCCAGUCCGGAUCUUAUUGCGGAAUACACUUACUCAUUUCUGCCCUCAGCACUAGUUUCUCAGCAAAACAUUUUGCCAACAAGCACGGGAGGCGCGCAUCCCUCAACCGAGAUGCGUAUGUGGGUAAGAAGGAGAUGCAAACCCAAUCACUUCGGCAGCAAGUGUACACCAUGUGGCGUUAUCGAGGGCUACUUCGGACCUAAAUGCUCGCAAUUUGACUUCUGCAGCGACUCGCCGCCUUGUGCACCCUUCGCAGUCUGUGAAAACACGGAAGACUCCUUCAGGUGUCUAUGCGAUGGCACCUCGGGCAAGAGAUGUGAGUUGGGCUUCGACCCAUGUGAGGAGCAUAUCUGUCACCACAACGGUACAUGCACUGCGGUCGGUGUGAACAGAAACUUUGCCGAAUGUGUCAACUGCAGCAUCGGAUGGAGUGGGCUGCACUGCAGGGAGAGGGUGGAUGCUUGCGCACAGGAGGAAAAGCGACUGGGCCGAUUGCCCUGUGCCAAUGGAGGGCACUGUGUCAACCGCAUGAAUGGCACAGUGCUCACCUGCCUCUGUGCAGAUGGUUGGAGGGGAGCGCGGUGUGAAACGUCCUUAGUGAAGGCAUCAGCUAUUGUUGCAGUAGUCACAAUUUGCCUGCUGGCUCUACUUGCCGGUUGCAUAUUUACACUGGUUCGCUGUUUUCGGGUCUACCUUCUUCCCAAAUUGAGACUAAUCGUCAAAAAGCAAAGGAGUGUUGAGAUGCAACCAGUGAAGGUGGAUUCGCGCGGUGAAUUGUGGCGGGCAAACAACCUCUACGAGGAAAUGGGGACUCAGUGUGCUACAGCGAAAACAGAACCGCAGGGAACUGCGGAUCUCGGCCCCCCUCCAAGUAAAACGUACCCUAACCGCUUAACCAAAGCAGAAUACUCUCACUUCUCUUCACCUCCUUUCAGCGUCAAUGAUGACGACUAUGAAGAUUACGAAACAAUGGACAUUCAACAACACGACCCCACUCACACAUGCUUCAAACCAACCCCUUCACCUGAAUCCGUUGACGGAGAGGAGUAUGAACCGGUCAGCAUGCGAGCACAUGACGGUGAUUUAGCCAUUCAGACUUUAGAGGCGGGUUCCGUGUGCGUUAACAAUGAGGAAUAUGAAGAACUUACUAAAGGGGCAGUCAAUCGACCACUUCCAGCACCACAAGAAAAGUCGAAUAGGAAUGAAAACUUUUGUUAA